AUGGAUGAACAAAACUCUGGAUUUAUUCUAUGUGAUAUAAGUUUCAAUGGUCAGCUAGUAGCUGAUGUAAAGUUACCAAGAGCUUGUAGUAUGGGCAAUAUAGUUCAAGGCUUAUGGCUCGACGAUAAUUUUCGCAAGACAGGCUUGCAAUAUUUGAAGGCCAAAGACGAAAAAGCAGCUCAAAAGACGGGUGGAGAAAAGAGUACACCUUUGAAGAGUUUUGGUGGGAUUGAUCGCUCUAUUCUACGUGCCUAUGGUUAGUUGCUGUUAUAUGUAUUGAAGAAUUUUGAGUUUAGUAAUUUGCUAGUUUUUAGACAUGGCGCAUUAUUAGCGCAUAUAUCAUUGUCAUUGAGCUGCAAUGUGCCUUAUUAUCUAUUUAUAUCUCUCUAUUAAAAUCUCUAAUAUUUGGGCUAUAUUCACAUGAUCAGAGUUGGCUGACCAGGUUCACAUAAAAUAUAGGCAAGAAGUACAAGCGAAUAUAGUGUGUGUGCAAUUAAAGUUGUUCACUUUAUAAUUUAUAUUCAACAAAUGUGGUUUAGUUUGCAAAAUAUUACUGUACUUUUGGCAACAGUUUCAGCUAUAAAUAUAUUCACCUUCCAGGCAAGUGAGGGUAUGUUUACACAGCAAUUUCUCAUUUACAAUUUGUAUUGUGGCAUAUGAAAGUUACUACUAAUACUACAAUUCACUUAGAUUGUGGCAAAUUUGCAAUGUGAUCUGUGCAUGGUUUGUCGAUUACAUUAACCCAGAAUUUAAAUAAUACACAACAAAUUGUAAUGUGUAAACGUCUUGACAUGCAAACAGACCUACAGCCACAAGGCCGGGAGACUAGGGUCACAGAGUAGAUACAUAUACAGAGUUAUAACUAGUGUACCCACUUCUUUGUGUGCAUGCUUGGCAAGUUACUAGAUGCAUGCAUCCCAUUGGAUGACGGCUUGCUUUAACUGUUUGCCGAACACGCGCAGUUGAUAAUUUUUGCCCGGUCGCCUGAAAAAAGUGGGUGCAUGAAAACAUAACUUUCUGCAGUAUUUACGACGGCCAGUUACAGCUCUGUAUGUAUCUACUAUGUGCUAGGGUUUAGCCAUAGAUUAUAGAUCAUACCAGAUGUCUCACUGUGUAUCUAUCUCUAUGAUUUUCGUGUCCGCGAUUUUCGCAAGGCUAUCACGCCAGAUGACGCGUGCGACACUUACUGCCAAAAUGGCGCUUACUGCCAAAAGGCGUGAUUGCUCACGUUUCAUGGCGUGGAUUACACUUACUGCCAAAAUGGCGGCCAAUUCGUGCUCAUAAAAAAUCGCGGACACAAUUUUGGCUGAGUGAGACAUCUGGUAUAAUCUAUAAUCUAUGGUUUAGCCAUUUGAAUACUGAAUAAAACAUUGAAAAACAUAACCAGCUGGCUUGCCAAGGUCAAAUGAAUAGCCCGUAUAGGAGGUGGGCAUUGGGAUUUACGGUAUGGCGGUAUUAGCUUAUUUUUCUUACGGUAUUUCGGUAUUUUCCUUGGAAAAUUACGGUAUUUGAAAACUUGCGGUACACGGUAUUUGCAAUUUUGGACUCAAAAGCUGCGGUAUUUGACAAAAUUUGCUUUGCGGAUAAAUACGAUCAUUUGGCCAAUUGCCAAAUGGCUGUGUGGGGUUUUCCUUUAUCCACAAAGGUCUAUUGUGACACGAUUUAACUUGACAACUGUUGGUUGCAAUGGAUAAUAUAAUAUAAUCCUUCAAUAUCUCUUCUAGUGGCAAUCCGUAUUAUGCCAGCAUGGAAAUGGCUUGAAUUUAAAGAUUUCAUUGUUGACUUUGAGAACAAGAAAGAUUGCUACACAGUUGGAGAUGUCUUGGGUACCUUAUGUACAGGCUUGCAUAAACCUGUUUUAAGGAUCGUACCAAAAAGCGAGUAAGUGUUUGCGAUUACAUCUUUUACUCCCAUUGAGCAGGUUUAUACUAUUAGUUACUGUUAUGUUCAAUGUAAAUAGAUUUUUGUAGCUAGGUUAAUUAACCCAUUAAGCUGCAUUUGUGUGAAUACACCACAAUUUAUUAUUUUACCCUACACGUCUAACACCAGGGGCUGGUUGUUCAAAGCUGGGCUUAGCUUAAUUAACCCUCGAGCUUGUUUAUAAAUUUGGAAAUAUUUCUUCGGAGAUCUUGUCUGGAUCAGUAGGAGUUUUCUUCUCUGAAGUUUUGAAAUAAACAGACGUGCAGAAAUACAUAUCAGCAGGUUAAAUUUUAACCCUGGGUUAGCACUAACCCACCUUUGAACAACUGGCGUAAUUAUACUCGUCAAGGGAGAGUGCUGGUGCUCAAUGGGUUACCAUGGUUAUUUUGACUUUCAACCUAGAAACGAGGCAGAUGACCAAGAAGUGAAGAAUAUUGUUAAUGAACUUCUGAAAACAAGAUCACUAGCAACACUGGCAGCUGCUGAAUGUCCAUUGUCUAAUGUAGGUGUUAUUACUCAAUACAGUGCUGAUUUGAAUUUUUGGGGCUUAAUUUAAUUAAGUUCAUGUUUUCUGGCAAUUUUCUUUCACAAGUUUUAUUUGUUUGUGUGCACAGCAAAAAAAUUGACAAUUUGUUUCUUCCAGUAAUGCUAGCUUUUGGAAAGAAAGCUUUUCAAGUGUAUACAAAAUAAUUCUAGGUUUUGGCAAACAAAAGGGUGCUUGGCAUGAGAUAAAUGUGAAAUUUGUCCAGGGAAACUUGUCAAUGACUUGCUCGUUUGUAUGGGGCAUUACAUUGACAUGUUUCCAGAAGGGUCAAAUGUCACUAUGUAAUAGAUUUUCCUAUAUAUUUUGAUGUUGACAGGGCAUGCUGAGCCUGAUAGCACAGGGAAAAUAUACAAGCACAAUUAGUCAUGACAGAUGCCAGGCAUUUGUUCAUUGGUUGAGACGGCAAGAUUUGACGAACAAUGGCCUCAGAAACUCCGAACAAAGAGUUGAAACUCCAAAGCCAGAUGUGCCUGUUGUUUCUACGCCACAACCAAGUAAGAAUUUUAAGCCUAGGAUCACAUUCUCACAGAACGAGACUGACAAUUUGACAGAGUGGUUUAAUGAGGAUGAGCGUCCGAGCAGAGAGGUUAUGCAGCAGUAUACAGAAAUUUUAAACAUCCCAAGACAAAUGGCCUCAAUCAGAUUGCUAACACAAGAAAGUAUUUAUUUCUGGUUUAAAAACAAGCGGUCAAAAAAGAGGAAAGAGGACUCAAGCCUGCUCGAACCUUGGGAAAUGUCCGAGAGUGGGGGCACACCCCAAGUUACUAUGGCAAUUGGAGACACACCUCAAGCAACUGGGGACACACCUACCAGUGCGACCACGUCUCAACUUGCUAAGAGUAGUACACCUCAGGUUGCCAUGGCAACAAGGGAAAAUGGUGGUGCAUCCAUUGCUAUGGCGAUUACAGAGGAAAGCAGUGAUGAGGUUCGUAUGCCAAUCAAUGGUCUAGCUACCAUGCUGGCAAGGUAUACGCCACAAGACAGACAGCCUAGAAAGAUACCCAAAUCUCGGAUUACGUUUGACCCGCAGACCGAACUGAGCAGUCUUAACAAAUGGUUUAACGAUAAUGAACGACCAGAUAAGGAGAUUAUUGAGGAAUAUACAAAUAUCCUAAACGAAGCAAGGUCACAGAAAUCAAAGCGAAUGUUGACCUCAGAUAGUAUUGCUAUGUGGUUUAAAAAUAAGAGGGCAAAAAGGAGAAGGAGCGAGGAGAGUUUUGUUGGUGAGAACAGUGGGCAGCAACAGGUUGUGGAAGCUAAUGAAGGAAAUAAGAAUGAAGCAGGUGCAACUGCUGGUAUGGAUACAACUACUGUAACAGAUGGAACCACUUCCAUCACUCCUGCUACAAUUGAAGUUACAGUAUCAAGUGUUACUGCAAGUGGUGCUGCCUCAGACCAAAUGGAAACUGAUGGGGAAGAUCAUGAAAGGAAUAUUUUUAGUGCAGGACUUGUUGCAGUGAAGACAGCUACAAUCUAA